GCUGCCUCUCCCACCCUCAUCUUCUUCGUCUUAUCUGCUCAGACCACUGCGUCUCUCUCUCGUCUCACUCCCACAGACCUCGGCCGGUCGCCGUUCAUCAACAGGAGGCUCGGCGCCGCGGGUGCGUCGCGGCAAGGAGUGCAUAUCUGCAUCUGCUCAUCCCCACAAGAACAGAUGUCUGAUGUUGGUAGCAACCUUGGUGGCACAGCCGGUGGCGGAGAAGAUGGCAGGGCAAUCUCUGAUGGGUCUGAAGUUCAGAUAGAGGACCAACAACCAGUCCUCCCACCUGUGCCAACAUCUCGGAUCUCUGUGAAACAUGCAGUUGAAGUCAUUCAAACGUUUGAUGAGUACAAGAGGUGGUUGGUACAAGAAAUCGGGUUUGGUGGAAUGUUGAAGUUGCCCAUGCUGCAGAAGCUUAAUCUCAAAUUCAGUGCAUGGACAAUGAGCAAGGUUAGUGUAUCUCAGCGCGCAAUUAUAUUGUCUGAGUCAAAGAAGCUGAUGUUCUGGCUGGAGGAUGUGCACAAAGUAUUUGGGAUACCUUGCGGUCACCGCUCUAUCCGGGGGCGUGAUGGUCACAUAACGCCUGAUGCAAUUCAAUUCAUCAAGAAGACUCUCGGGAUGGACAAAAAGGGUGUUCAUAGCCUGCGAGCCGCGGAGGAGUUCCUACUACGAGAUGUAUCAGAGACAUCUAGCAAGCUUGAGAAGGAUUGUUUUCAAAUUGCUUUUGUCAUUUUUGUCAUGGGACACGUGCUUGCGCCAACCACAAAGCAUGAUUAUGCCACCAUUGAUUUUUGGGGUGCCCUUGCAAACACUGAAACAAUAUCACAAUUCAAUUGGUGUGAGUAUGUUCUUCAGUGCUUGCUAGAAGCUGUUAGACGUCUCAAGAAGGACAUGCUUUCAAACAAUCCAGGCACUAACCUUGUUGGUUGUCACCUUUUUCUUCAGGUGUUCUUCUUGGACAAUAUUGACUUAGGCAUUCUCAAUAAGAAGCAUAAUGUGCUGCCCCGUAUAAGUGAAUUUGAUCAGGACAGCAUUAGGAACAUGAUCACAAUGUCCACUGACAUUGGGAAGAACCUCACAUCACAUUCAAACAACAAGCUACGUGCGGCAGAAGAUGUUUGCUAUGCCUGGCAGAAGUAUCCUCAGGACCAACCCAACACCCUUCUUGCAGGCACCAACAGUGGUGGCAACAGUGCAUCCGCUGCAUGUGGCGCACAUCAGUUCUCUCGAAAUGACAAUGCAACAAUGACACCCACGCACAAUGUAUUAGAUGUACAUACACCAAUUCGCACGCUUGGGCCCAUUGAUUUCACACACUACCUCCGCACACGCUAUCCGAACUUGGCAUCAGAUGAGAUCACUGUACUUCUCAAUGAACAGAAUGCUCGGGUACAAUGUCACAUAAAUACAGCUUGUGCAAACGCUCAAUUGGACAUGUUUAAAUUUGCAGAUAAACUUUUCAAUGCACUUUCCAAGAGGUGCUUAUGUUGUUCCAUUAGAGGCUUUUUUGAUUGUCCAGCAAGAGCUAUCCCAGAACCACAAGCUAUGACCGCCACGACACCUGCUCGCCCCAACAUACCCGGUGUCAGGCUGGACAUGUCUGCAUGUGAAGGUGAUAGCUCUACCUCCAAGAGAACUCGUUGCGGGGAUACACCUGAUCCCCUGCGCAAGCGCCACUGCUCUGAAGGGGAAUCUCCCGCAGAUAUCAACAUGUCGAUUGUUCGUUUUGCCCAGUUCACCUUGCGAGCAAUCAGUGAACUAUUCAUCAAUCUGCCCAAUGAUGGUAGUACUACAGUUUUCGGUGAGCAACGGGAAGAGCUACCUGGCCGCAAGUAUGUUCAGCACCCUGGGUUCCAAACUGAUCCUUGGGGCAGGGGUGUCGUCCCGCCACCCCCCAGCAAUGAUAUAUCUGAACUUAUCCUUCAGUUUUUUGCAUCGUCAUCCGUGCAAGAACUAUCGAGGAAUUUCCUGGUUCAUGAGAUGCCGAGGUUUGCACGCGUCACUGGAGUGGCAAUGAAAGAACAACUAGGGGGGAGACCCUAAUUGAUCACGAGUUGAUGUUUGUAAUCCUUCAUCGAUAUUCUCAGAUCGACCAGCAAUAUGAUCCAGAAUGCCCAUAUCUUACCUGGCGUCACCCUAUCGAGCCAGAUUUCCCGACGCUUGUCCUGGCAGAGUACGAUUUCCUCCAUACCGUGUCGAUCCAGAACCAGCUUGUUGCUGAUUCGCUUAAGUAUGAUCUCACUUCAGUGGAGCUGUUUUACACACCUGUUCCACGCCCAGAGGGCUGGAUGGUUGUUUUCUUCAACAUGCUGACUAGGGUCAUCUAGGUGAUUGACCCACUGUACCACAACAAGUUAGCCUGCCCACCCACGGGGCAACGCGACGAGAUUAUAGCAUGGAAGCUGCAUGCUGCAUUGUUCACUUGUCUGAAUGAAUUAUACGCUGGAUGGCCAACUAGCAAGGAUAAUUGGACUCUCAAGUUCCCUUCCAUGACCGACUGCAUUUUCUCCCGUGCCGACACAGGCGGGUGUGUCCUCCAUGUGGCAAGGCACUUUGAUGCUCACAAGCUGAAAAUGCCACUCACCAAGAUGCAGGGCUCCCACAAUUGUCUUCAUGAUCCACAUCAGUGUUUCCCGCCACACGACUUGUAGUCCUAUGAUCAGGGUCUGUGCUAGCAGGGUAGUGAGCCCCACUGACUCCCUCAGCUGCAAAAUAUAAAAUUACAACUGUUUGUCAACCUGAUGAAAUAUGGGAAUUCAAAUCAAUCUGGGGAAACAUAUGCCACCUUGAAUUGCCGCUGCUGCCUCCACAAAUCUUGCCACCAACAAUGACAUGGAUGCACUAUCUGGAAUGAAUUCUCUGUGCCAUACAUAAGAAGCUGAAUCUGGUGUUGACUGAAGCAUCCGGAACAGCGUCAUUGGCGAGGCUCCACCCCUGUCUGGUGUGACCAGAUCUAUGAAUGCUUCGAAAGACAUAGCUCUUGUGGGUGCGAAACCUAACAUCCAGAGUGAUUAAAUGCAAUUUACUCAUUAUCUGCUACAUGCAUAUGUUGUAUGUAUUUUGUUUGUGUUUUUUAUACGAAACCUUACAUGCUA